AUGGCGGAUACAGAAAAUCAAACUUCGGUUGUAACCGCAACGUCUGCGUCUAAUUCACCGCAGGUUUCGUCGUCUCCAAUAAAUAAAAAGGAAAAAAAAGCUAAAAAUCCUAGGACCAAACCAUCUCAUCCACCGACUUCGGAAAUGGUAAACAAUGCGAUCAAAGGUUUAAAGGAACGCGGAGGCUCAUCUUUACAAGCAAUUAAAAAGUACAUUGCUGCCAUUUAUAAAGUUGAUGCAGAAAAAGUAGCGCCAUUCAUCAAAAAAUAUUUGAAAGCAUCUGUAGUAUCGGGAUCUUUGGUACAAACUAAAGGUAAAGGAGCUUCCGGAUCAUUCAAAUUAGCUUCGGCAACUUCAUCUGGUGGUAGUUCGGAGGAGGAGGAGGAGGAGUGGAUGAGUGCAGCCAGUGCCGCAUCAUCCGAAUUAAAAAGGAAGAAUCCUACUAAAGCAAAAAAAUCCAAUAAAGGCAGUCCCACGAAAAAACCGAAAGCAGCUAGCAGUUCCUCUCCUAAACUUAGGCCCUGA